AUGUCAAGAACGCACAACCCAGCAAAGAAGAAGGCAAAGGGAGGGGAGAAGGCAAAGGGAGGGGAGAAGGCAAAGGGAGGGGAGAAGGCAAAGGGAGGGGAGAAGGCAAAGGGAGGGGAGAAGGCAAAGGGAGGGGAGAAGGCAAAGGGAGGGGAGAAGGCAAAGGGAGGGGAGAAGGCCAAGGGAGGGGAGAAGGCCAAGGGAGGGGAGAAGGGAAAGGGAGGGGAGAAGGCAAAGGGAGGGGAGAAGGCAAAGGGAGGGGAGAAGGCAAAGGGAGGGGAGAAGGCAAAGGGAGGGGAGAAGGCCAAGGGAGGGGAGAAGGCAAAGGGAGGGGAGAAGGCAAAGGGAGGGGAGAAGGCAAAGGGAGGGGAGAAAGCAAAGGGAGGGGAGAAGGCAAAGGGAGGGGAGAAGGCAAAGGGAGGGGAGAAGGCAAAGGGAGGGGAGAAGGGAAAGGGAGGGGAGAAGGGAAAGGGAAGGGAGAAGGGAAAGGGAGGGGAGAAGGGAAAGGGAGGGGAGAAGGCAAAGGGAGGGGAGAAGGCAAAGGGAGGGGAGAAGGGAAAGGGAGGGGAGAAGGCAAAGGGAGGGGAGAAGGGAAAGGGAGGGGAGAAGGGAAAGAGACGAGAGAAGGGCAAGGGUAGUCACGGCAACAAGCAUGCAAGAGGGAGGGGCGGCGGCGGCGGUGGUACCGGUAAUGGUGGUGGGAAGGCGAAGGGAGUGGGAGGAGCAAACCCAGCCUGGCACCACAGCAGCCUUUCACCACAGCAGCACUGCAGCAGUACCUGUGCCCUCCACGUGGCCUCUUCACUCUACGCCAGCACACAAGGAGAAAAAGGCCUCUAUUUCCCAACAGCCGUGGGGGUGGACGUCGAAGGGCCGCCGGAGGUGGCCGCGAGGACGCGCGGAGCCGCCGUGGGGGUGGACGUCGAGGGGCCGCCGGAGGUGGCCGCGAGGACGCGCGGAGCCGCCGUGGGGGUGGACGUCGAAGGGCCGCCGGAGGUGGCCGCGAGGACACGCGGAGCCGCCGUGGGGGUGGACGUCGAAGGGCCGCCGGAGGUGGCCGCGAGGACGCGCGGAGCCGCCGUGGGGGUGGACGUCGAGGGGCCGCCAGAGGUGGCCGCGAGGACGCGCGGAGCCGCCGUGGGGGUGGACGUCGAGGGGCCGCCGGAGGUGGCCGCGAGGACGCGCGGAGCCGCCGUGGGGGUGGACGUCGAAGGGCCGCCGGAGGUGGCCGCGAGGACGCGCGGAGCCGCCGUGGGGGUGGACGUCGAGGGGCCGCCGGAGGUGGCCGCGAGGACGCGCGGAGCCGCCGUGGGGGUGGACGUCGAGGGGCCGCCGGAGGUGGCCGCGAGGACGCGCGGAGCCGCCGUGGGGGUGGACGUCGAAGGGCCGCCGGAGGUGGCCGCGAGGACGCGCGGAGCCGCCGUGGGGGUGGACGUCGAGGGGCCGCCGGAGGUGGCCGCGAGGACGCGCGGAGCCGCCGUGGGGGUGGACGUCGAGGGGCCGCCGGAGGUGGCCGCGAGGACGCGCGGAGCCGCCGUGGGAGUGGACGUCGAGGGGCCGCCGGAGGUGGCCGCGAGGACGCGCGGAGCCGCCGUGGGGGUGGACGUCGAAGGGCCGCCGGAGGUCGUCGCGAGGACGCGCGGAGCCGCCGUGGGGGUGGACGUCGAAGGGCCGCCGGAGGUGGCCGCGAGGACGCGCGGAGCCGCCGUGGGGGUGGACGUCGAAGGGCCGCCGGAGGUGGCCGCGAGGACGCGCGGAGCCGCCGUGGGGGUGGACGUCGAAGGGCCGCCGGAGGUGGCCGCGAGGACGCGCGGAGCCGCCGUGGGGGUGGACGUCGAAGGGCCGCCGGAGGUGGCCGCGAGGACGCGCGGAGCCGCCGUGGGGGUGGACGUCGAAGGGCCGCCGGAGGUGGCCGCGAGGAGGGCGCGCUUCGCGCCCUGCGGAGCCGCCGUGGGGCUGGACGUCGAAGGACCGUUAGAGUUCGUGGGGACUGCAGCGAGGAGCCUCCUGAGGGCGCGCCAAGCGCCCUGCGGAACCGUGGAAGUUUUUGUUUCUGGCUGCGCCACUGCGGGGACUGCUGCGAGGAGGUUGAGAGUCGCGGCGAGGAGCAGGGCCAGCAGGAAGAGAGAUCGAAGCGCACCCAUGAUUGUUGCUGGUUAG